AUGGAAUUUUCCUAUAAAUAUAUCAGUAAAGCAUUAGAUGGUCUUAUUGAUUGCGAAGUAAAUAAAAUAACUAACACAAGCCAAAAUGUCUACCUUUUAUUGAUAUUUGGAACUUUUAUAAGCUUAAUUUGCUCAGGGAUUAUUUUAUAUUUUGCGUAUUCUGUAGAAAAAAGAUAUGAUGAAUUUUGAUUAAGCAUAAGAAAAAAUACAUUGGAUAUUUAUGAAAAACUAAGAGAGACAGCUAUAGAUAGACUAAUAAACACGCACGGUGUACUUGAUAUCCCACAAACCAGCAAUCAAACUGGCCAUCGAAAAGGAGCCGUUAUAAAAAAAAUUAAAUCAAAAAUGCUACUUAAAUACUCAAAAAAAAUCAUCAUAAUUGUGCUGAUUUCGAUAUCAUUUUAUUUUUUAUUUUUGGUUUACCUUUAUAAUAAUUGCCUAAAUGAUAUGAAGAAUCGUCCACUUCUGCUUACUCCCCCCUCUGUGAGCGAACGAAAUAUUAGAAAAAACCCUCCGUGAGCGAACAAAAAUUUUUUUAUGAAAAACAUUUUGAUAUAUAAAUGAUAAUUAUUAUAGCGAAAUCUCUAGCUAAUUCUGAUUAAUUUUAAACAACUUGCGUUUUAAAAUAUAAAUUUUGCUAAUUAAAUUAAUUUUUGCUUCUCAAUUUUUAAAAAUUUUUUAAAAAAAAAAUGAAUUUUUUUUUUCGCUCACAGAGGGGAUUUAGCUGUUUUGUAUAUACUAGAGCCUUAAUAUCUAGAAUAGGAUUUUUUGCACGAGAUGCAAGCCACCAAAGGACAGCAAUUUAUUAUCCAAAUAUGUAUGGCUUUAAAAAUCCUACAUUACGUCUAUAUGAAACCAUCGAAAAUUUAGAGCUAAAAAUUAGAGAAAUCAGGAAAAGCAAAUUUUCUUCGAUAUAAAGUCUGCACGCUUUCUAACUCCCAUCGUCUCAAUUUCUCCGGAAAUAAUCGAGGGGUUGGUUUUACCAAUUUUAUCGGUAAAACUAGCCCUUAAAUUGAUAAUUCGCCCAUAAUGAAGGUUACCUAUUUGAAUGGUUGGUUUUACCAACAAAAGUUGGAAAAACACUUGGAUCGUCUCAGGAGAAAUCAGGACGAUGGGAGUCAGAAAGUAGACAAACGCUAUAAUGUCAGCAAGCUUAAAAGAGCAAAUUUUUAAAAAAUCAGACUCAGACUCAUUUUUGAUAAAAUAUGGAAGUUUGUCAGGGAUAAAUAUUGUAAUAAUAGAAGCUUACUGGACAGAAAGCUCAAAUAAUGCAAAUCAACAAGAUAGAAAUGUCUUUGUUGAUCAUUACACACUUAUGCAAGAAAUUGUUGGAAGCCAGUAUAAAUUAGCUGAUCAAGACUCAAAAGAUGCAAUUUAUUAUGAGCUUAAGCUACUAAUUUAUGUAGCAAGCACAUAUUCAGCGGCUUUAGUGCUUUUAUUUUGUAUAUAUUAUCUUCCUUUUCUUAGAAAAGAGCUAGAAAUUGUAGGAAAAUUGAGAACUUUAAUGGCAGUUGUCUGCUCUAAGCUAGAUCAAGGGAUUGAAAGUGCAAAAUUCGAGUAA